UGCUGUGAGCAUUUCUGGAGCCAAAGCUCUUCUCCACAGAGGGAGGACAGAGCAGGCAGCAGAGACCAUGAGGGCCCCCCCAGACCCUCCCCGCAGACAGCACAUCCCCUGGCACAGCCUCCUGCUCACAGCCUCACUUGUAACUUUCUGGAAUCGACCCACCACUGCCCAGCUCACUAUGGAAUCUGUGCCGUUCCAUGCUGCCAAAGGGAAGGAUGUUCUUCUACUUGUCCACAAUCUGCCAGAGAAUCUUCUAGCCUAUCACUGGUACAAAGGGCAAGUAGUGUCCAGCAACCAACGCAUUGUGUCAUAUGUAACAGGCACUCAAGUAAAUACCCCAGGGCCUGCAAACAGUGGUCGAGAGACAUUAUUCCUCAAUGGGUCUCUGCUGUUCCAGAAUGUCUCCCUGGAGGACACAGGAUACUACACACUAGAAAUCAUAGAUGCAGAUGUCAGCACUGAUCAAGUAACUGGACAGUUCCAAGUAUAUCCGGAAUUACCCAAACCCUCCAUCACAAGCAACAACUCUCACCCUGUGGAGGACGAGGACUCUGUGGCAUUAACGUGUGAACCUGAGAGUCAGGACACAACCUACGUGUGGUGGAUAAACGAUCAGAGGCUCCAGGUCAGUCCCAGGCUGGAUCUGUCCCUGGACAACAGGACUCUCACUUUACUCAGUGUCAAAAGGAAUGACACAGGACGCUACGAGUGUGAAAUCCAGAACCCAGUGAGCACCAGCCGCAGUGACGCAUUCACCCUGAAUAUUUCCUAUGGCCCGGACACCCCCACCAUUUCCCCCCCAGACUCAUCUUACCAUCCAGGAGCAAACCUCAGCCUCUUCUGCUAUGCGGCCUCUAACCCACCCGCACAGUAUUCGUGGCUUAUCAAUGGGAGGCCCCAGCAAUCCACACAAGAGCUCAUUAUCCCCAACAUCACUGUGAAUGAUAGUGGAUCCUAUACCUGCCUUGCCUAUAACUCUGCCACAGGCCUCAACAGGACCACAGUCAAGACGAUCACAGUCUCUGCGGAGUUACCUAAACCCUCCAUCACAAGUAACAACUCUCACCCUGUGGAGGACGAGGACUCUGUGGCAUUAACGUGUGAACCUGAGACUCAGGACACAACCUACGUGUGGUGGAUAAACGGUCAGAGGCUCCAGGUCAGUCCCAGGCUGGAUCUGUCCCUGGACAACAGGACUCUCACUUUACUCAGUGUCACGAGGAAUGACACAGGACCCUAUGAGUGUGAAACCCAGAACCCAGUGAGCACCAGCCGCAGUGACGCAUUCACCCUGAAUAUUUCCUAUGGCCCGGACACCCCCACCAUUUCCCCCCCAGACUCAUCUUACCAUCCAGGAGCAAACCUCAGCCUCUUCUGCUAUGCGGCCUCUAACCCACCCGCACAGUAUUCGUGGCUUAUCAAUGGGAGGCCCCAGCAAUCCACACAAGAGCUCAUUAUCCCCAACAUCACUGUGAAUGAUAGUGGAUCCUAUACCUGCCUUGCCUAUAACUCUGCCACAGGCCUCAACAGGACCACAGUCAAGACGAUCACAGUCUCUGAUGAUCCAGUACAAAGAAGUUCUCCUGGCCUCUCAGCUGGGGCAAUUGCUGGCAUUGUGAUUGGAGUACUGGCCGGGGUGGCUCUGAUGGCAGCCCUGGUGUAUUUUCUGUAUUUCAGGAAGACUGGAGGGGCAAGCGACCAGAGUGAUCUCACAGAGCACAAACCCUCAGCCUCCAACCACAGUCAGGGCCACUCUGACAACUCCCCUUACAAGAUGGAUGAAGUUGUAUAUUCUUCCCUGAACUUCAAUGCUUGGCAACCAACACAACCAACCUCAGCCUCCUCAUCCCAAACAGCCACAGAAACAGUUUAUUCAGAAGUCAAAAGGAAGUAAUGCAACCUGUCCUGCUCAGUGCAUUGUGGAUGUACUACAAGUCUCUCUUCUCAUUACUGGGGAAUCCUUUUACCCUCAGGGGAAAAGGGUAUAAGUCCCAACCCCACACACACAC